GAGAGGGGAGGAGGGCGGCGGCGGCCAUUUUGAGCCGAGCCCGGAACGGAGCGCCGAUGGCCGGGCAACCGCGACCCCGCGGCGGGGCUUGAGCGGGGGGGGGGGGAUAUGGAUGUGCGGAAGCUGCGCGUCAACGAGCUGAAGGAGGAGCUGGGCCGGAGGGGCCUCGACACCCGCGGGCUGAAGGCGGAGCUGGCCGAGCGGCUGCAGGCGGCGCUGGAAGCCGAGGAGGCCCGCGGAGGAGCGCCGGGAGCGGGCGCCGACCAGCAGGAGCAGCUGCCGGACGGACAUUGUAAGCGGCCGGGAAGGAGCGGGAGCCUCGCCGCUGGGGAGCGCCAAGCUGGGGGAUCGGCGCCUGCGCUCCCGGGGAGAGGCAUGGGGGGCUCCUCGUGCAGCUCCGCGCUGGGGACCCGGUCCAUCUGUUUCUCUCCUUCCCCGGGAGAGGCACGGGGGUCUCCCGGUGCAGCUCCGAGCUGGGGACGGCAGGCCUCCUGUUGCAGAUCCGCGCUGGGGAUCCGCUGCACCCGUUUCUCUCCUUCCCCGGGGCAGGCAUGUGGUCUUCCUGGUGCAGCUCGGUGCAUCCGCUGCCUAGGAAAUGCACGUGGGCCUCCCCGUACAGCUACGCACCGGGGAUCCGCUGCACCCGUUUCUCUCCUUGCCCGAGAAAGGCACGGGGGUCUCCCGGUGCAGCUCCGCUCUGGGGACGGCAGGCCUCCUGUUGCAGAUCCGCGCUUGGGAGCCGCUGCACCCGUUUCUCUCCUUUCCCGGGAGAGGCAUGGGGGUCUCCCGAUGCAGCUCUUUGCAUCCGCUGCCUAGGAAAUCCACGUGGGCUUCCCUGUGCAGCGUCGAUCUGGGGUCCCGCUUCGAUCUCGGAGUUCAGCCUAAGGACUGGCGACUUGGUGGAGCUCUGCUGCAGGGCUUUUCUUGUCUCGCAGCACAGACAUGCACGGUGCCACUCUGCUUUCUGGUUCCCUUUAUUCUCCUUGCCCGGCGCAGCUCUGUGCCUUUUUAGCAUAGUUCAUCGUGAGACAGUGUCCAGCAGGCGUGAGCCUCCCUGGUGCAGCUGCUCCAUGCUUGAGGGGACUUCGGAGUCUCCUGGAGGAGCUCCAGGCUGGAGGAUAUAGAAUCAUAGAAUUGUAGAGGUGGAAGUGACCCUGAGGAUCACCUUGCCCAGGGAUGUCCAACCAGUAGAUCAUGAUCUACUGGUAGAUUCCCAGCUGAUCCUGGUAGAUUCCCAGCUGAUCCUUAUCACAUACAAAAAGUUACGGGGGGUGGAGCUAAAAAACUGUGCAAUCCUCCCCCCCAAAAGGUCAAACAACUCUGGGCACUUCACUCCUAAAAAAACCUCAGCUCUGGGCAAUCCACCCACUCCACGCAUGCUCCUCCUCCCUCCAAUGACAAUGGGUAGAAUGGUAGAUCUUUGCACAAUGGGUAGAUCACUGCCAGUUUUUUUAUACUGGGAGUAGAUCAUAGUCUCUUGGGAGUUGGACAUGCCUGAUUCUAGUCCAACCCCCUGCAAUGCAGGAAUAUGCAGUUUUCCCAUACAGGGAUCGAACCUGCAACCUUGGCGUUAUCAGUACCACAAUCUAACCAACUGAGCUGUCCACUUGGACAUAGCGAGGUGCUUUAUCCUGAGCCAGACCCACGGUCCACCUAGCUUAGUAUUGUCUGUGCUGACUGACAGCGGCUCUCCAUGGUUCCAGACCAAUGUCUCUCCAACUUCCUGUCUGAAGAUGCUGCUGGGGGUUCAACUUGGCACCAUCUGCAUUCAGGGCAGAUGCUGUAACAGCUGAGCUGCAGCCGUGCUUAGUACUCCUGUGAGAGUGGCCUCGGGGCUGUGAGCCCGUGUUGUUAUUUCCCCAUGAGAAUCGCAGAUGAGUCUUGUCUCUGGAGAGAGGUGGUACUACCUGUAAUGAAUUGUGGAAAAGCCAGGAUGCUGGUUUGCUGACACCUGGCUCCUGUGCCAGUUCUAGGUUUCACCUAAGUUGUCUAAUGUCUGCUGUGUCUAAAUCUGGGAACAAACGGGUGUCACGUGGCUGGAGGAAAUUUGCAGGGAUGGUGGCUGUGUACUCCCUCUGUUCUUAGUGGCAGCAUGCCCCUGAAUGCCAAUUGCAAGCAGGGAGAGCGUUGUUGCCUAUGAGAUGCCCACAAGCAGAACCUGAGUGCAUUUGGGUGGCCACUUUGAUGCUGGAGUAGACAGACCUUGGGCCCUGAUGUAUCAAGGGUGCUUUGUGUUAAUACAGUGGUACCUUGGUUCUCAAACAUAAUCCGUUCCGGAUGUUUGUUCCAAAACCAAGGUGUGCUUUCCCAUAGAAAGUAACACAAAAUGGAUUAAUUUGUUCCAGACUUUUAAAAUCAACCCCUAAAACAGCAACAUAACAUGAAUUUUACUAUCUAAUGAGACUAUUGAUCCAUAAAAUGAAAGCAAUAAACAAUGUAGUGUACUACAGUCACACAAUCAAUCAAUCAGUAGCAGAACUGGGUUCCAUAAAGUCACAAAAACAAAACAAAAAGCCGCAUAAACAAAAAUGGAAAAUAAAUAACAAAAACAGACGGACCUCAGUGUAACAGUCAAAACGGAAGUGUGGCACUCAAAACGGAGCACGUUCAGCUUCCGACAAAAGUUCACAAACCGUAAUACUUACAGGUUUGCAGUGUUUGGGUUCCAAGUUGUUUGAGAGGCAAGGUACCACUGUAAAAUUUACUACAGAAAUGCUAUGUGCUGUUGAUGAUUCUUCUGGUAGGGCAAUUCCAGUUCAGUUGAGUUACCAGGUAGUAUGCUGCUUUGAAAAGAGAGUGUCUGGGGAUUCAGCAGUGGCCUUCCUCACCCCCUCCAUCCUCUCAAAUACAGUGGUACCUUGGGAUGCGAACAGGAUCCAUUCAGAGCCCCGUUCGCAUCCUGAAGCGAACGCAAUCUGCGCGUGCACAGGUCGCGUUUUGCCACUUUCGCGCAUGCGCGUGAUGUCAUUUUGACCGUCUGCGCAUGUGUGCGCGGCGAAACCCGGAAGUAACGCGCUCCUUUGCUUCCGGGUCGCCGUGGAGCAAAACCCAAAAAUACUUAACUUGAAGCAAAUUUAUCCCGAGGUAUGACUGUAAUGCUCUUGCCUAGGAUAAUAGGACGGCAAGCAGUUUGCCUUGCUGUCAUGUUUGCAAACAUCCCAACCCAGGCAUGAUUGGUACCAUGGUUUGUCAUCUUGUAAUCUCUAAAUAGGAAGUCCUAUCUUCCUUAAUUGUAGUUGUGUCAGUUUGUAUAGCACAAAUGAGAAGAUUUUUCAGUGAACUCGUUAAUCUUGGAGUCUGGUCUGACUUCCACUUGGAGUUUUAUGAGUAUAUAUUCAUGUGAUCAAUGAGUACAGUGGUACCUCGGGUUAAGUACUUAAUUCGUUCCGGAGGUCUGUUCUUAACCUGAAGCACCACUUUAGCUAAUGGGGCCUCCUGCAGCUGCUGCGCCGCUGGAGCCCAAUUUCUGUUCUUAUCCUGAAGCAAAGUUCUUAACCUGAAGCACUAUUUCUGGGUUAGUGGAGUGUGUAACCUGAAGCGUAUGUAACCCGAGGUACCACUGUAUAUUGUGAAAUAUGAGUUCUGGGGGUUGCGACAGGCAGAGGAAGUGCUGUGAUGAGAAAUUAUCAAUCCCUUGUAAAAGUGGCUGAAUAUGCAGCAGGGAUAUGAAACUUGGUGCCCCUGCGUUUGUGCACUUCGGACUGAAAUAUGGGAGCUUCCCCUGCAUGAAGCGCAAUUGUUUUGUAUGGUGUUUUGUAUGGCUUUUCUUCCUUUCUCAAAAACCCUGUAUGCAUGUGGCAAAAUCAUGCAGUGAUGCUUUUCCAGGCUAGGGGCUUGAAAGCUCCUUUUUAGAGAGAAGUAAAAUUCGCCUCCUGUAGAAAAGCCGUAUGUGUGGGAGAAGGGGAGACUCAACACCUGCUUGUUCCCUGACAUUUACAAUUCGCCAUGCAGCAAACAAAUUACGUAAAGUGGUUUUCUUUCCCAGGAGGGACUUUCAGACAUAAAUCCCACUUGCUGCCUGCAUCCUGAAAUGGUUACACUCCAGUUAUCUUCAGCUGCUUCAUUCUGCUGAUGAUCUAUAAUUGGCAUUUCUCAAACUCCUGAGUUCAUUGAUCCCUUGAUGAGCGUAUGAAGUUGUCAGCAACCCCAACCAAAAUUUGUAGGAAUAUAAAUGAAAGUCAAGGAAGAUGUGUAAAUAUGAUCAACAUUUAUCAAUCCUCAGUCACCUUUAACAAUUGUGAAAUGUUAUAUAUAUAUAUAUAUAUAUAUAUAUAUGAGAAGGAAGUAAAACAAGUGAAACUAAUAUGUCUUAUUAAAUGUAGAGGUUCCUUGUUGACAAGGAAUGUGAAAUAUGUACAGUGGUACCUUGGUUUACGGGCUUAAUCCGUUCUGGAAGUCUGUUCUUAAACCAAAGCAUUCUUAAAUGAAGGCGCGCUUUCCCAUAGCAGUGGGAGACUCAGUUUACAAAUGGAACAAACUCAACAGGAAGCGAAACGUGUUCUGCUUUCAAGGCAAAGUUCACAAACCGAAACACCUACUUCCGGGUUUGCAGCGUUCUUAAUCCAAGUUGUUCAUAAACUAAGCUGUUCUUAAACCAAGGUACCACUGUAUGUGCUCAUGCUCUGUAUUUCUGAGACUCAUAGCUCCUGAUUAAACCUUUUGCACAAUUGUAAACUUUUCCACCCCGUGGCCCUUUCAACCACAUGGUCUUUAUUUGCCCCUUGCCCAGUCCCACCAAUCCCAGGCGGGGUCAAUAUCAACCCGUAUGGGAAACCCUGCUAUCCACUGAAACCUCACCCAUUUUGUAUGUGUUGGUUGGCCUUGCUGAGCCUAGACCGCCACUCCAGCCUUCAUCUAGCAGUCAAGAAACACUGGCACACAUGUUUCCAACCUCCCCGUUGUUUUUUCAAAGCUGGGCAUAGAAUGGAAUAGCAGUCCUGACCUAUGUUCUUGCCUUUCCCAUUUCAAGAUGGCACCCACGACAACACUCAUCAGGACAACAUGCAAGGAUACCACCAGCCAUACGAGCACUUCAGCGUUAAACAGGAGAACGAAUCUGGGUACGAGAGGGGACCUAUAGACCAAGAUCAUUCUGGCUUACAUUCAGGUACAGUCCGGUGUUUUAAAAACAACAACAACCCCAGACCUUUUGUCACGUGCUGAUCAUCGUAAUUGUAUAGGUAGCACCCCAUCGACCUGGUGCAAAAGUUUUCAAUAGCAGCUGGGAUGUUCCCUUUUUAUAUAUAACUUGUGUAUUUACUUUUGGUGGUGGAGGAAGGCGCCCAGAGCGGUAUUUCAUAUUGGCUGGUGAAGUGCACAGCCUUAUGGUGGACAUGAAUGCCCUUGAGACACUAUAGGGAUCACAGAACAUCUCCAUAUAUACAGCCACACAUUGGUCUCUCGUGAUAAGAGUCCCUGCCAGUGUAGCCCGAGACACCAACUGUCAAUGCCCGAUUUUUAAAAAUCCGUCUUCUCCCUUCACUUGCCCCCCGGGUAAGUGAAAGGUAGCAAUUUGUUUAUUUGGGGUACAGUAAAUGGUUGCAUUUGAAGUCCACUGCUUCUGGUGGUGCUGCGCCUGCCUCUUCUGCCACAUAAUGCGCUGUUUUCGUGAGGGGCAGAUCUCCCCACCCCUUUCAGCGACGCCCCAGACUCCAUUCUGUGGAUUUUUGUCCCCAGAGAAUUCACAGAGCUGAACUGCCCUCUUGUUUGCAUAUCCACCGCUCAGUUAACUUAUUCAUGUCCCGUGUUCUGCUGUGAUGUUGGAGUGUAACAGAACUUCAGUACAUAACAUGGGAAGUGGGUGGGUUGUUUUAUCUAGGGCACGCAUGUCCUAAGUCCGUUUCGGGGGCCUAAUCCGGCCCUCUGUUCAGUUUAAUCCGGCCCCAGUGGCAGUUUAUUCCCUGGGGUAAAAUCCAAAAAACCCCAACUUCAAUCCUAAAAGCUUAACAACUUUGGUUGGCCCUUUGGUCGGCCCCUACUUCAUCAAAUCUGGCCCUCUUUGGAAAAAGUCUGGACACCACUGAUCUAGGGGAUUGGUGGCUUUGGUUCUGCCUUGCAAGUCCCAAUGGCAGUAAUAGCACUUCCUUCCAUGCCCAUAACUUGUGACCUCAGAAUAAAGGCUUCCUUUCCCAAUUAAAUGCGUUACGUUUUGUUUGAGUGUAGAAAUGAAGACAGAAGUGAAGCAAGAGGAGCCAACCCCUGGCUAUAACAUGCCAGCUUCUGGUUACAAUGCACCUUCCUCGGGACCUGCGUCUAACUACAACACUUCAGUUUCUGGCUACAAUGCACCCCCUUCCAAUUACGGCUCUUCCGACUCAUCCCAGCCCUGGCAGCAGCAGCAGCAAGGCCGCAAGAGGCCAGCUGAGGAGUCCCGGGGGCGCGGAUAUUACGAACACCGAGAUGAUAAGAGGUGCGUUCAGGCAAGUCUUUACGGGCAGCAGCAACAAGGUGGAAAUUAACCCAUGGGUGCCAUUGAGAUUGAAGCAGAUAUUGCAUCUCUCAGUCUGGGAAGUGCAUUCUUUAAACUUUGUGGAUUUGAGUUACUCUCAAGGGAUGUUGUAUAUCUGGCAGAAUUUACAACAUUUUGAAAAGUAGGAUUUUAAGAGUGGCUGCUUCUUGACUGAUACCUCUUAAAUGCUGAAGUGGAAAUGAUGCUUAAAAUUAAUCUAUGGAGUAUCUGAGUUGGAUGUAAAUCCUGAUUAUAUGUAAACACAUUGAUCAUGGGUCAGUGGUAAUUGUUAAAGCAAUCUGAUAAAGGAGUGUAGUUUUCUCUGCCAUCUGCGGAGUUGGAUUUGGGGAAUCCAGAUUGGGAGGGUUUGGAAUAGGUAGGUUAGUUUUGGGAGAGUGAUCAUUUAGAUCAUGGCUAUUUUGUCUAAGAGAGUGAAAUUCAUGUUGUUCCAUCUCUUUAGGUCUUUGUUUAUUUGGCACCACAGGGGCUUGUAGUUGUGGAGGUAUAAUUUAUUGAGGUUUGUUAAAGGAAUCUGAUGAUCCAGAAUUUGUUUUUAGCAGUGCCUUUGGUGACCCAGGGUGGGAACCAGUUGCUGUGCACUUGUCAAUGCGUGCUCCAUGCGAGCUUCCCUUGCAGAUUGUGUCUUGAGCCCAUGAAAUGGGUUUAUGGGACCUGCAUUUGCUGUCACUCUUUUCCAGGGGCCGAUCUCCUCAGCCGCCUGCUGAAGAUGACGAAGAGGACUUUGAUGAGUCGCUGGUGGCCAUUGAUACGUGUGAGUUUCCUGGGUGGUAGCAGCGUGCCAUCGCUCAAAGCCUCUCUCUUGUCUGAACUUCUCAACGUCCACUGGAAAAAAGGGGUGUUGGAGGGUGGUAGCAGCCACUGGUGUGUGCUUCUGACUUCUCCUUUGGCUUUGCCUUCCAGAUAAUUGCGACCUGCAUUUCAAAGUUGCCCGUGACCGAUACAGCGGCUACCCUCUGACCAUAGAAGGGUUCGCUUUCCUGUGGUCAGGUGCCCGAGCCACCUACGGGGCAAGGCGAGGGAGGGUCUGUUACGAAAUGAAGGUAAGGGAGCCUGCUUUUUGGUUCUAGAGUUGCUCGGGGGGGGGGGGGUUGCUGCAUGGAUGAAGACAGGCAGGCUUGUGAGUAUUGAUACCCACUGGUGUUGUGCUUUAAAUAAUACUGGGGCAACUCAUAGGGGCUCAAUUUCCUUGAUUCUGCUGCACGUCUACUCCCCACCCCCUUGCCACCCAAAAUUUUGCAAAAACGUUCAUUUUAUUUUUACGUACAGUGGAACCUUGGUUUUCGAGCAUCUUGGAAGCUGAAUGCUGAAAACCUGGAAGUAAUUGCUUCCAUUUUCGAACGUGCCUCGGAAGUGGAACAGCUUCCGCUGCGUGUUUUUCAAUUUUCUCAAUGGAUUUUACCAACCGCCCAUUGCGCCUUGGUUUUUGAAUGUUUCGGAAGUCGAACGGUCUUCCGGAACCGAUUACGUUAAAAAACCGAGGUUCCACUGUAUUUGCAAUUCUGACAGCUAAAAGUUUCCUCGGUGUCAUUAACAGUUCCAGCUAGAAUUCGCUCUGGGUUCGUACCUUGGGCUCACUCACAAACCUCUCAUUAAAAUAGCCUUGCUUUGAAACAGCGGCAAACCCUUUGCAGUAAGUCUGCAUCCCCAGAUUGCUGCCUUCGCCCAUUCUUUGAGCUGCUCUCCAUAAACACACGUUGAAGUGUGUAGAGCAAACUCUCUGUCUCUAGAAAUCCAUCCCUGUUCUCAAGUGGAAAGCUGUGACUUCAAGAUGUCUCAUGACUGGGAUCCCUGUCCUUUUGUCCUCAGAUUAACGAAGAGAUAUCUGUCAAGCAUCUUCCUCCAACCGAGCCCGAUCCUCACGUGGUGCGUGUCGGGUGGUCGCUGGAUUCUUGCAGCACCCAGUUAGGUAAGAGAGACCUUGCAGCUGCUGAACAUGGAGCCAGAGCUCAGGACGUGCACCCAACUCUUAAACAUCAUUUCCCAACUAUAGUCAGUUGGCUACAUUAAUUAUUAUCCACGGGCACUGUGGCGUUUGCCCGUUCUUUUGGAAAUGUCUGUACAGUGGUACGUCAGGUUAAGUACUUAAUUCGUUCCGGAGGUCCGUUCUUAACCUGAAACUGUUCUUAACCUGAAGUACCACUUUAGCUAAUGGGGCCUCCUGCUGCUGCCGCGCCGCCGGAGCCCAAUUUCUGUUCUUAUCCUGUAGCAAAGUUCUUAACCUGAAGUACUAUUUAUGGGUUAGCGGAGUGUGUAAUUUGAAGCGUAUGUAACCUGAAGCGUAUGUAACCUGAAGCGUAUGUAACCUGAGGUACCACUGUACAGGGGGAGAGAAAGGGUUAAUAGGUAGACCAGUAGAAAAGCCCAGAGGCGGAGCCUACUUGUUUUUAAAAGGCUUAGCCAGAGGUUUAGACAGUUGGGAAAAAGCCGUUGGGGGGGGGGGGAAAGCAGUUGAAAAAGCAGUUGGAAGACAGAUGGAAAUACAGAGACAGUUAGUGCAGUUGGUUCUUGUGUGAGGGGAGGUAGGAGAGUUAGAGACAGGAUAAAAUGAGACUAAGAGGGUAAAAGGUAACAGCGUUUUGAAUGCAUUUAAAGUUUAUUUGUGUUUGCAAUAAACUGCAAUCUUCGUUGUUAACUUGAGAACCUGACUGAGACUUAGUGUUUUACCGGGGAGAACCUGGUUGGUGGCACCAGAUUAGUGGUGUACGGUUCAAUAGUUCGUGAAAGGACCAGGGGCUCCGUAUGAACACCACAGGCACCUUUUUAAAUCAGGCAGCAAAAAAACAAAACAAAAACCUGUUUUUUUUAAAUCCUUAAAUGAAAAGUUACUACGGUUCCCACAGACAAGUGCCAUCUUAGAAGAGUACUUCUCCAGCCCCUCUUGAGGUAGUCAAAGAAAUGAUGUGAGAAGCUCAAAAAGCAGCAUGCCGUUUCUGAAGGAGGAGUCCUGGGGUGAACAGGAUCAUGUCUGGUCAGCAGGCUGCCAUGAUAAAGAAUCUCCAUGUCUCUUUGUAGACAACACUGCAUUUAUGUUUCUGCUGACUUCUUUUGUCUUGCUAGGUGAAGAGCUUCACUCCUAUGGCUAUGGUGGCACAGGGAAGAAAUCCACCAACAGCAGGUUUGAAAAUUACGGGGAAACUUUUGCGGAGAACGACAUCAUCACCUGCCUCGUGGUGAGUGUGGCUUGUGGUCCCUUGGAAGUUACGUUUCCGCCUCUUGCGCAGAUGCGUAAUGUCCCAGAUGCAAUCAAAUUGUUCAAAUGCGCAUGUGAUCAGAGCGCAUGUCAUGGGGGGCAAUGCUGAAGCCGUCAUUGUUUGCAUGGGUUGACAAUUCUAACACUGCGGAAAGGGAGAACACCAAAUAUUUAGGUCAAGGGUGGCUAACUUAUGGUCCUCCCAAGUGCUGCUGAGGUACAGGUUUUUAGUGUGGUCUAAAAAUAAGCUUGAAGUGAUCCUUGCAUAGUUUUGCCCCAGCAACAAGUUUUCCCCCAAUAACAAGGUUUCUUUAGCAACAUACUUUUUUUUUAGACAUGUUCUGAAGGAGAGAUUGGGGUUGGGUUGUUACUCUACCCAGAUGCCUGAAGAAAAGAGAGGAGGAAUAUUUCACUAAACACAGUUUUACUUUUCCGAGCACAAUUCAAAGUGUUGGUGCUGACCUUUAAAGCCCUAAAAAACCUCGGUCCAGUAUGCUUGAAGGAGCGUCUCCACCCCCAUCAUUCUGCCUGGACACUGAGGUCCAGCGCCGAGGGCCUUCUGGCGGUUCCCUCGCUACGAGAAGCCAAGUUACAGGGAACUAGGCAGAGGGCCUUCUUGGUAGUGGCGCCCGCCCUGUGGAACACCCUCCCACCAGAUGUCAAAGAGAAAAACAAUUACCAGACUUUUAGAAGACAUUAGAAGGCAUCCCUGUUUAGGGAAGCUUUUAAUGUUUGACGGAGUAUUGUAUUUUAAUAUUUCGUUGGAAGCCGCCCAGAGUGGCUGGGGGAACCCAGCCAGAUGGGUGGGGUAUAAAUAAUAAAUUGUUGUUGUUGUUAUCCUUAGACCAGUAGUUGUAUAAGUUGUAAUGUUAAUUAUUUAAGUCAAACUAGAAUCAGUGAGGUGUUUCUUCCCAAAUGGGAAUUCACCAACAGCUGAGCUGAACUGAGAAAGAAGAUUCUGGAAGAGUCUUUGGGUGAUUCUGCUGACUGAAAAAGGAACCCCAGAUGACUGGCAUAGUGCACUGGCACCAUUCCCAUCAGCCCCAGUCAGCACGGCCACUGGCAAGGGAUGUUGGGAGUUGUAGUUCAGCAGCACCCAGAGAGCCACAAGCUAGCACCUGUGCUGCAAUGGGCAACAGCUACAGUUUAUUGCUUUGGAGGUCGUGCACUGGCUUCUAAUUCCUUCCUUGGUCUUAGGACUUUGAGUGUGGCGACGAUGUCGAAAUGUCUUACAUGAAGAACGGGAAAUGGCUAGGGGUGGCCUACCGGCUGCGGAAGGAGGCAUUGGGCGGCCAGGCACUCUUUCCUCACGUCCUGGUGAAGAACUGCGCCAUCGAGUUCAACUUCGGCCAGAGGGAGGAUGCCUUCUUCCAAGUCCCGCCUGGGUUCACCUUUAUCCAGCAUCUUCCCUUGUCAGAGCGGGUUCGGGGGACAAUUGGACCAAAGAGCAAAACGGAAUGUGAGGUAGGUGGCGCCUGAAAGCCAGGCUCCCAUGCACAGAAAUUGUGGCCUGUUCUUUUGAACUCAUUUCCCUGCUCACGCAAGUUGACGGAUCACAUGAACGGAGCCUUUCCUUGCAAACAGUGUUGAAUGAGCCAGAUGUUCAGCCUAGCACAGGGGUAGUCAACCUUUUUAUACCUACCGCCCACUAAUGCAUCUUUCUUGAUGGUAAAAUUUGCUUACCGCCCACCAGUGCUCGAUGGAAGGAAGAUUCAACUUGUGCUGUAGAACCCCCUAACGCCCACCUAGAAUCCUGAAACGCCCACUAGUGGGUGGUAGGGACCAGGUUGACAACCCCUGGCCUAGCGUAAAGGAAGUUGGGGGGAGAUUGGUCUCUUCCGUCUCAGCUUUCUCAGCUUUUAUUAUUGUUAUUUUUAGGGGCAUUCAGAGAUGAGCAGAAUCCUAGCUACUUUAGGUUUUAUUACUUAUAACUUAUUCCUUAUAACUUAUAAUCUGACUGGGUUGCCCAAGCCACUGUGGGCAGCUUCCAGCAUAAUAAAAACACUGCCAAACAUUGAAAACUUCCCAAUACAGGGCUGCCUUCGGAUGUCUUUGGAAAGUUGUGUAGUUGUUUAUCUGCUUGACAUCUUAAAAACCUUAUAGCGUUGAAAACAGCCAUCACCCUUGAGUGGGUGUUACUAAUUGUAAAGAGAGACAGGAGGGACCUCUAAAAAGGCACUGGGAAUACAGUUUUAUUUUCUUUCUAUGCAGCUGUCAUCCUGAUAGUGUUUUUCUUAUUUGGGUGCUUUUUUACAGCUGUUUGGUGCCUAUCUUCCUGGGAUACUAGAUCCUGCUGUAACCCCAGUUUUCUUCUUUUGGAAUGAACUCCAGCUGGGUUAGGGAAGGUUGGGAGCCCUGUGAACAUCGUGCUGCGUGAAGCCAUGACCACAAAACUACAGUGGUGCCCCGCAAGACGAAUGCCUCGCAAGACGGAAAACCCGCUAGACGAAAGGGUUUUCCGUUUUUCAAUGCGCUUCGCAGGACGAAUUUCCCUAUGGGCUUGCUUCGCAAGACGAAAAUGUCUUGCGAGUCUUGAGAUUUUUUUCCGCUCCCCCCCCUUUUUCUAAGCCGCUAAGCCUUUAAUAGCCUUUUAGCAGCUAAGCCGCUAAGCCUUUAAUAGCCGCUAAACCGCUAAUAGCGCUAAACCGCUAAGCCGCUAAUAGGGUUGCUUCGCAAGACGAAAAAACCGCUAGACGAAGAUACUCGCGGAACGGAUUAAUUUCGUCUUGCGAGGCACCACUGUACUGAGUUUUAACAUCAGCUCCACAACACAAUCCUUUAUUUGUAAAGUGGGAGUGUUGGCUCACUCUUAGGAUCUGACUUGGGCACUUUUAUAUGUGAUGUGCUAAGCUGACUGGUGCAUUUGUUUCAGAUUUUAAUGAUGGUCGGGUUACCUGCAGCUGGGAAGACCACGUGGGCCAUUAAGCAUGCUGCAGCCAAUCCGUGCAAGAAAUACAAUAUUCUGGGAACAAACGCCAUCAUGGACAAAAUGAGGGUAAGGGGGCAGCAUUUGGUGUGAUUUGCCUUACACUCCUUUCUUAGUUUCCUGGCUCCUGGUGCAAGAAUCAAUAUCCAUGUUCCCAUUGUAAGUUUGCAUUGCUUGGUAUAGAAAGUAUUGAUCUGAUGUGUAGAGAUCUUUCCUAUUAUUAUUAAUUCAAGAGGGUUCUGGGAGCUUUUCUGUGCGAAAGAAACAAGCAAGAAGGUUCGUGAUGUUUGAGUUAUACCUUCAGAGAAGCUAGUACAGGUUUAAACUGGUUCCCAUCUGUUUCUGUGAAGGUCAUGCUGACUAUAAAAGUAGGGCCAGAAGGAGCCUGGGCUUCACUUCUCUUUUACUUCUGGUGUGGUGUUCUGUAUGCUUAGUGUUAAGCUUUAGACUUAUUAUAAGUUAUUUUAAGUUUUAAGUUUAAUUUAAAUCUGCGGCAACUGGAUUUCUUAUGGACAGAGCCAAUCCUGAAUGUACCGGAUAUGUAACCAUUGUGCUCAUUUGCCUUCAAUAGCAGUAAAGCUCUGCUGGAUGAAAUAUUAAUUGCCCCUGGUCUAUUGGGGGGGGGGGAAUCCUGCAACGUGUUUAAGUUUUUACUCCGCUAACUAUAUGUUGGAGUUCUGCUCUAGAUCAUUAUUGAAUAGAAUUUCAUGACACCCAUUGUAUCAUUCAUUCCUUUUCCUGCAGUGACAGUAUUGCUGUCAGACCUUGGGCGCGCUAGGCGGAUCAGAUCUUUCUGAUUUAUCGUAGCUAAUAUAUAUGUACAGUAUAUAUCUUUAGAAAAAGAAAAAAGCAGUGGAACGCUAGCAGUAUGCGAUCACAAAAAUGCCCCAUCUACAUUCCAUUUGCAGUUAGUGGCAGGGCACUUUCAUUAUUUCAGAUAUGUUAUAUGCGUGCCAAGUAUUGCUAUGUCUACAGCUACUCCGUCCAUUUCCAAGAUUUUGAACAGAAGCCUCCCAGACCCAUUGAAUGGCUCUUUUCUCCUUUCGGGACUCUGUAAGCUUUCGUGGACAAAACAUUUGAGUGUGAUGCAUACGUCAUGCCGGUCCUGCAGUGGCUAGGGCUUAUGGGAGUUGUAGUCCAAAACAGCCAGAGAGCUGAGCCCAAUCAUUUGAGGCCGCCCCGGAGAUAUUAACCAGCCUGCUUUCCCUCAGGUAAUGGGACUCCGACGCCAACGCAACUACGCUGGCCGCUGGGACGUGCUCAUCCAACAAGCGACACAGUGCCUGAAUCGCCUGAUCCAAAUUGCGGCACGGAAGAAGCGAAAUUACAUCCUGGAUCAGGUAUGGAGCUAUUCUUCCCUUGAGCAGUUUCUCUGUCCACGUCUUUUGAAGACGCCCCACUACUCCAAGCAGGGCAGCAAACGGGUCGUCUUCUAUUCACCGCUGGAGCUGUUUAACAAGCAUUGUGCACAUGUGUGUGUAUUGCACCAGGAAUUUUAAAGGCACGUACCCCUGCCUCUCUUCCCCUCCAAACCUGUCACAUGAAAACGGACCUAUAUAGUAAGCAGCAGCUGUUAACCACAUUAAGCAAGACGGCAGGCUGCUUUAAAAUGGAUGCAGGUAAGACGGGAGUUCAGCUGUGGGGUUUGGGGCUUCUGAAUAUAAGCUAAGGUAAGUGCAUGAGAACCAGGUGGGUGACUUUCGGGAAGACCCCAAAGAGCCUGGUUCUGAGAAGCAAAUGGCUACAUUGCUUUUGCACAACAUGCAAACAGUUGGGUCAAAUCAGGCUUAAAAGGAAGAAGACAAACUUUGGGUUAAAGUGCUUCUGCCUCCCCACCCUAGUCUUUGUUUCGAAUUCUGAGCAGCAACGUGGUCUAAGUAGCACAGCGAAGAAAUCUUUUUUAAAAAAAACAACCACCUUUCACUAGUGGUACAGUACUAGAGUUUACACUUUAUCAGUCUGCGGCAGCUUCUCGCACUUUGUCAUGGUGCUUGGGUUUAAAAUAGGGAUGAGGAUGAUUUUGAUAAUAUAUUAUUUAUAUGACGCCCAUCUCACUGGGUUCCCCCAACCACUCUGGACAGCUUCCAGCAAAUUAAAACACAAUACGACAUCAAACAUUAAAAGCUUUCCUGAACAGAUAGCAGUUCAAAGAUGCCCAAAGCCACGUAUACGUAAUACUCCAUAUAGCUACCAUGUAGCUGAAAUAUAUAUAGAAAGGGAAUCAAAAUUGGCCUGUGCUGAGGCUGAUGGUAGUUAUAAUCCAAAGCAUCUAUAGGGCACCAGGUUGGGGAAGGCUGGUUUAAUCCUUUCAUAUGAAAAUCACUAAGGCAGAAGAAGGCACUGGGGAGGUCAGCCUCAGUUUUAAAAAAUCUUAUUGUGUAGGACCCUGCUGCAGUCAAGUGGCCUUUUCUCCUUUUGUGAUAAAGGGAUUUGAUAAAGGGCUUUGAUUUCAUUUCACAAGUGGCUUCAAAAAGAGAUGGGAGAUAUUCAUGGAGGCUAGGUCUGUUGACAGCUAUUAGCUGCGAUAGCUAAACUAAACCUCUGUGUUGGCAUUCAGCCCCUCCCUAAGUGUCAGAUUCUGGUACAAACAGGAGAGGGCUGCCGCCUUCACCCACUGCUAGUGAACUUUUUGGAAACAUCUGGCGGGGGGGAGGGGUUUGCCAUCAUUGGAAACAGUGCUGGAUAGUGGGGUAGGGGAGCUGAAAAUAAUGUCAACGUAUAUCACGUCUGGCAACCAAUGCAUCCCUUUGGUUUCAGAUAAUACAUAGGUAGUAAAGGUAAAGGGACCCCUGACCAUUAGGUCCAGUCGUGGCCGACUCUGGGGUUGCGGCGCUCAUCUCGCUUUAUUGGCCGAGGGAGCCGGCGUACAGCUUCCAGGUCAUGUGGCCAGCAUGACUAAGCCGCUUCUGGCGAACCAGAGCAGCGCACGGAAACACCGUUUACCUUCCUGCCAGAGCAGUACCUAUUUGUCUACUUGCACUUUGAUGUGCUUUCGAACUGCUAGGUUGGCAGGAGCAGGGACCGAACAACGGGAGCUCACCCCGUCGCGGGGAUUCAAACCGCUGACCUUCUGAUAAGCAAGCCCUAGGCUCUGUGGUUUAACCCACAGUGCCACCUGCGUCCUGAUAUUACAUAGGUAAGCGAGUCUAGAAAGCCUGGGACUCUGGCAGCUAUGGUGGCUCAUUUACCAGAAAUAAUGUAUUUAGCAUUAUCUCUGGAAGUGUAUGCUGGAUUCUCGACUAGACCAAACUUCCUGGUGUAUGUUGUGCUUUAGGGGGUCUUAGUUUGGUCGGAAUUGAGCACACACUUCCAGAGUUAACACUAAAUACAUUGCUUGAAUUUGUGUCCUGGGCUUUUUAGAUUCAUCUACCCAGGUAAUACCUGAAACCAAAGGGGCACAUUGGUUGCCAGAUGUGAAAUUUUGUUCAGCUCUCUCACCCCUCUAGGAAUAGAUGGGCCUUUUGAUUUGAUUCAGCAGGACAGUUAAUGUGUGCUCCCCACCCAAAAGGACCUAGAGGUCAGAAUUGAAAUGUGUGGGGGUUUUUUAACCAGCCUGCUAGGCUUUAUUAACUCUAGCGCUUGGGUGACUGUACCUCAGAGGCUUAAAUAACACAUCUAAAUGGAUGGGUCCGAACACUCCUUUUUUGCCACUUGUGUUUAAGCUGUCCAAAUCUGUGUUUUUAGCUUGUAAAUUGCCCCCUUUCCCCCCUGAACAAAGCAGACUCUGUUCUGUUAGCCUGGCACCCCAGGAGAUCUCAUUUGAAUUGCAAACGGCUGCAAAUUACUGGUGUGCAUUGCUGUUUUUAUCCUUUAAAACUGGGGAGGAAAGCCUUAAAGGUAGGUUAGUAGUCAGGGGAUGACUCCCAAUCGGGUGUCACACACAGCCAGUGAUCCACACACAUCCUUCUGUAUCCAUAGGUGGGCGGGGGGGUCGUUUAAAAACACUGACGGACAUCGCAACAGACUUUGACAAGUAAUGACCCGAUUUUAUUUUUGCCUCUUCUUUUUUGCUGUUGCCAGACAAACGUUUAUGGAUCUGCCCAGAGACGAAAAAUGCGCCCUUUUGAAGGUUUCCAGCGCAAGGCUAUUGUAAUUUGUCCCACGGACGAGGAUUUAAAAGAUCGAACAGUAAAACGCACGGAUGAGGAGGGGAAGGAUGUGCCGGAUCACGCAGUGUUAGAAAUGAAAGGUAGGAUCCUAGAGGGGGGAACCCCCAUUGCUUUCCUCCGCAGGACCCAGGUGAUAAGGGGAGAUACCCAGCAUGACCGUGCGCAUGGUUUGAGGAUUUCUUUAAAGUGAUCCCUUAGAUCUUUCCAGCUUUCCCUUUUGGCUCCCUUCCACCUGCUCUAUCUACCCCAUAGUUAUCGCUUCAUCUUCUCUGCCCACCCAGAGAUGCCGCAGAUGCCCACGCACACGGCUGCUGUGGGAGAGGAUAGAUGCAGAAGGAAGAUCACGCCUCGAGGCAGUGUUUAUCUUGGUAGGCUCACCCCCUUCAAAAUCGGUCAAAACCAUCACACACAAAACCCCCAAAUGAGACAGCCUGCGCCACAACUGCUGCCUUUGAAUCGCUGGAACUCCAGGGUCAGGGGUUUUGCACAUUUUCUUGGAGGCAAGUCCCCGUAUGUUCAGUGGGACUCGGCUCCCCAAGGAAGUGCGAUUAGAAAUGUAAGAUUUGGCGCUUUUCCGGUGGAAAACCUUUUCCUGCUACACCGUAGCUGGGUAGCCUUUGCCAGAGUGCAGCAGGCCUUGACAUAAAGGCAGCCAAAAUCUCAAUGGAGCAAUAUUCAGUGAGAAUAUUGUGGGACAGAUGGGUAAAGCCCCUGCUCAAUGGUUGCCCCGGAACGGGAAAACCGAUCCUCGCAGCAAUCCUGUAUUGCAAGAUAGGCAGAAAUGGGCUGUUGAGCCAAGUGGGAGGUUUGAUCCUGGCUCUCCAAUUUCUAAGGAUGAGACACGCAGCACUGGCAGCUGGUCUCCCCAACUCCCAGCAGGUUGGAUUAAUGUAAGGGGGUGUUUAUAAAGUAGCGUGUGGGACGGAGGGGGGGCAUAACUUCUCAUUCUCUCAUGCAAUCAGAUAUGAGGUCCUGCACCAAUGCGAUCCUCUGCACGAGACCAGUGGGGCACCCCCUGACUGUAGCCUGGCAGGAAGGGAGGAGCUAAUCUCUCUCAUGCCAUUCAGUUGGGAUUCUUGCAUUGCCGGGGUUUGCACUAGAUAUCCCUCGAGUUUCCUCCCAGCUCUACGAUUCUAUGCAUCAAUGCUUUUGGCUUAUUGCUUCUGCUUCCUCAGCGUUUCCCACUUGUUCCUUUUUUCCCUCCCGUUCUUCUCUCCUGGAGCCCCGGGACGCAGCUCCCGCUCCCUCCCUCUUGCCCCCCUCUCCUCUUCCACUCGGCUUUUCUCCACCGGGGACUGACGCGUGCGUGUGUCUGUCUUCUCCCUCUGCGCCAGCCAACUUCACGCUGCCAGAAGCCGGCGACUUCCUGGACGCGGUGGUCUACAUCGAGCUGCAGCGGGACGAAGCGGAGAAGCUGGUGAGGCAGUACAACGAGGAAGGCAAGAAAGCUGGCCCGCCACCCGAAAAACGCUUUGACAACCGCGGGGGAGGCUUCCGUGGCCGUGGAGGAGGCGGCGGCGGAGGAGGAGGUGGCGGCGGCGGAGGUGGCUUUCAGCGCUUCGAGAACCGAGGUCCGCCUAUGGGCAACCGGGGUGGCUUCCAGAAUCGAGGAGGAGGCGGCGGUGGCGGUGGAGGAGGGUUCAGAGGUAGUGGCGGCGGCGGCGGUGGAGGAGGAGGUAAGCUGACACCAGUGGACCCGUUGCAUGUGGGAAUGUUUGUUAUUCUGUGCUAGAUACACGGAAAAGGAUUCUGAGAGUCGGGAACGCUGUUUCGGGUCUCGCCUUUGUCAUAAACCUGGUCCCUGUGCAGACAUACAGUGAGGGGGGUGGAAAGUAUUUGAUCCCCUGCUAACUUUGCCCGUUUGCCCUGUGACGAAGAAAUGACCGGUCCAUAAUUUUAAUGGUAGGUUUAUUGCAGCUGUGAGAGGCAGAAUAACAACAGGAAAACCCCCAGAAACCCAGAAGACAAAAGCCAGAGAAAGUUAGCAGGGGAUCAAAUACUUUCCCCCCUCACUGUACCUCUGAGCCAUGAAUGAAUGAAUGAUUGAUUGAUUGAAAAAAUAAAAUAAAAUAAAUUUUUACAUCACCCUAUACCCGUAGAUCUCAGGGCAGUUCACAACAUAAAAUCACAAUAUAAAAAAGACAAAAGACAUCUUUUGACUAAGGUUGAUAUAUAAAUCCUGUAAUGAUGAAAAUAGUAAACGUUGUUGCAGGAUGCUAGCUCUGGCGCCUGCUUGAGAAUAUUCCCGAUCCAGUCGUUCACCACAAGGCAGGGCUGUAAAAUACUGGCUUUAGCUUGACCUCCCACCUGUGGCUUCUUCAUCCAGGCUUCAACAGGGGCGGUGGUGGCGGUGGCGGCUACAACCAGAACCGCUGGGGAGGCGGAAACCGAGACAGCAACAACAACAACCGGGGCAACUACAAUCGGAGCAACCAGCAGCAGAGCAGCUACAGCCCGGCGCGAAACCAGAAUACGUACAAGAGCAGCAGCAACAUGCCCCCCGCCCCUGCGCCCGCCCCGGCCCCAGCUGCACCUCCCAGUACUUACAACCCAGGACCACAGGUGAGGCGGGGGGGGGUGCCUUCUGUUUUGGGAAACACAGAAACCUUCCUUGGGGAGGCCAAAGGAGGAGGGGAAAGUUCUUCAGUCCAAACUGUCCUAUAAGAUACUUCUCUAUUCAUUUUAUGUACAAUCUUUACAACAGAAUACUUCACACCCAAGACAAAACAGUAUAUAACAAAACCUUGAGUCUCAUAUUUUCGUUUGUACUGAUUCUUCUCAGAUUGCCUUUUUUUACUAUUCCUUAAUAUUUGUCUCCUUCUUUUGGUUCCUUAUCCUUCAUCUCUUAGGUCCCAUAUAUAUCUUUAACAAUUUUUCAGUUAAUGCCCUCACCUCCCUCCCCCUACACCUGUUGCUUCCCUUCACCCAUGUGCGAUCUACUUUACGUACUGUUGUUGUUUUUUCUUGCGUUAACAGCUGUUUAUAAUUGUUGCUCCAUAUUCGUUUUAAUAACAUCCUAUAACCUUGCGCCCUUUAAACUAUUGCAUAUUAAUUUUAGGCUCCGAAGCCAACUCUCUUUUCAUGUAAUGCUUGACGCAUUCCCACUCUGUAUAAAUUUUUUGAUUAGAACAGCCUCUAAUUGAUGCUGUUAACUGUCUGCACCUCUUCCUUUUUCUUCUGCUUGUGCCGUCGCAAACAAGACAUUUUCUCCUCCCCAUAUCUCUGGGGCAGGGGCAGCCAAUGUGGUCCUCUCCACAGACUGUGGACUACAACUCCCAUCGCCUGCAACUGUUGGUCAUGCUGGCUGGGGCUCCCCCCCCCCCCCAUUCUAGUGCAAGGGAUGGCCAAGCUUCUAGGCUCCUUAGUCCACGACAGCUUCUGCUGUCAGGUUAGCAGCUCCUCCUCUGAUGGGGAUUCAAGGAAGGAGCAGCGCAUCAGGCAUCAGGCAUGUCCUUUGGGCUGCACAAGAAAAGGCAUAGGAACAGUGGCUGAGACCAGGGCGGGUGGGACCCAUCUACCAGUCUAGUUUAACUGCACAGUCCUGUGCAUGUUUACUUCGAAGUAAGUGCCAUUGGUUUUCAGUGGGGCUUGCUCCCAUGUAAGUACACCUAAGACCAGAGGUCAGCAAACUUUUUCAGCAGGGGGCCGGUCCACUGUCCCUCAGACGUUGUGGGGGCUGGACUUUAUUUUGGGGGGGGGAAAUAUUAAUGAAUUCUUAUGCCCCACAAAUAACCCAGAGAAGCAUUUUAAAUAAAGCACACAUUCUACUCAUGUAAAAACAUACUGGUUCCUGGACCAUCCGCGGGCCGGAUUUAGAAGGCGAUUGGGCCGGAUCCAGGCCCCAGGCCUUAAUUUGCCUACCCGUGCCUAAGACGGUAGCCUUAAAUAGGCUUGUGUUCCCUCCCUGAGAAUCAUAGUUCUGGGCGUGCGAACUCGGGGUGCUUUGGCAGGGACUUUACUGGCUGCAUUUCUCAAGAACUGCAUUUUGGUGGAAGGCACGGUAGCGAAACUGGGAAAGCAACAGAGUUUUAGAAUCGCUUUCCGUGGUGAGGAGGGAGCCCCUCCUCAGGUGGGGUUGGACAUUGUCAUGGAAGAAGUUUGUAGGUGUGUCGUGGUGCCCUGUGGAGGAAAGGGGCAGACAGGGUGUGCCAGUGUCAAGAGUAUUGUGGGGGACUUUUUAAAGCGAGGUGCCUGCCAUGGUGGUGGAUUUUGCAGGUGCAAAAAAGAAUGUCGGAGCCCUUGAAACGAAAACAACCUUUUCCCCAUAAUGAAAGCUCCGGGACAGGAGGGUGUCAUUUAUCCCAGGGUAUUCUGCAUUCACUGGGUCUUCGCUUGCUUCUCUCUGUGGUUUUUUUGGUGUGUUUGCAUGGGUAGAGCACAAUGCGUAAAAUGAUUCCUUUGUACCCUCUGCAGCAGAGCUACAGCCAGCCCUACAACCCCCCAUCCAGCUACAGCCAAGGGGGAUAUGCCCCUAGCUACAACUAUGGGAGCUACAGUGGUUACAGCCAAAGCUACAGCCAGCCCCCGCCUGCACCAGCUCCGGCCCCAGCCCCAGCCCCAGCCCCCACCCCACCAGCCUACAAUCAACCCAACUACAACCAGUACCAACAGGUGAGUGAGAAGGAAAAUCUGGGAGCAAGUUCCGUUCAGCUCAGCGGGGCAUACCUCUGUGAUGCUAUCUAUAGGAUUGCACUGUUACCUGUCUUGGCCUCGCAGCCUCACUUCCAUAAGCUCCUCUGGGAGCCUUUUUGGCUUAAAGAGCAGGGCGAAAACGCUGUUAGAUCAUAGUAACAAUGAGGCAGGUUAGGCGCCGGAGUUUCAGAUUUUAUAGCUCCUACCCCGAUUGUGGAGAAGGGAUGAAUUUGUUGCCUUCAUGUUUCUGGGGAACUGCUCAGGGCAUUGUGGCAUCAGGUGUAUUGGACUGGGAAGACCUGAGGCUCCAAGCUCUUGCUCAGCUAGGAAGUAUUUCAUUUAUUGAAGCUUCACAGAAUCGCCAUGUUGGAAUGUUGCUCCAUACCCCUGGCUGGGAGGUGGGAAAGAAGAGAGGGACCCAGAGGUCGAAAAUGAAAAACAUGGGCGCAAGGGGUGUUUAGUGCAGUGGUGGAAGUCCUCCACACUUAAGCCAAGAGAAAUUCUGUGGCCUGUAUAUUUUAGAUGAAGCUGCUCAAUUCUGCUUUUGUAUAGUUCUGUAUAAGUUUUGUAUAAGUUCCCUGGUGGAUUAGCGGGAUACAAGUGGUGCUGUGUCUAAACCACUGAGUUUGAAUCCCCCCAACAGAGUGAGCGCCCGUUGCUCUGUCCCAGCUCCUGCCAACCUAGCAGUUUGAAAGCACACCAGUGCAAGUAGAUAAAUAGGUACUGCUGCGGUGGGAAGGUAAACAGCAUUUCCAUGUGCUCUGGCUUCCAUCACUGUGUUCUGUUGCGCCAGAAGCAGUUGUCCUGCUGGCCACAUGACCUGGAAAGCUGUCUGUCGACAAACGCCGGCUCCCUCGGCCUGAAAGCGAGAUGAGCACCACAACCCCAGAGUCGCCUUUGUCUGGACUUAACAAUCCAGUGGUCCUUUACCUUUUUUUUUUUUUUUUUUACCUAGUGGGCUGCAGUAUCUGGUAUACCCCCCUCCCCCGAACUUUCAGAACCAGAUUAAAUUGUGCUUCAUCUGCCUUACUUUGGACAGGUUGCACAGCUCAGAACCUUGGCUCCCUAAAAUGUGGAAGUCUUCCCUCUCGUUCCUCACCCCAUAGCGAUGGAGUACACAUAGGAGCAAGCAUACCCUUUUGGUUCUGCUUUAAGCAGAGAAGGGUUCGUUUAGCAGCCCUCCUUAAAAAGAGAGCUUGCAAGGGAAAGAUCAACCUUGUGUAAUUUGAGAUGCAUCGACAGGGAUUCUCCAACCACCCAUUUAUUUUAAAUCGGGGCCUGGAGGCCUUUUUUCCACAUAUCCCAGUGGUGGGCAGAGACAGAAACGCAAGUGGGCGCAGAGGGCUGCUAGCCUUGUACAGAAGGCUGUAUUCCAGCCAUUCAGAAGCCAGAGGUUUCUGCACACCCACCAGUGCAUUUUUAUGGUUCCAGGAUCUAUUCCAGACGGCCACAGCACCCUGGCAGGAUUCACACCAGGGGGUGAGGGGCAGUCUGGGGAGAGAGGGCUGGCUAUAGAGGCUUGGAAGGCUGCAUUCACCCCGGGGUUCUCUGCCUCUGUUUUAAGUCAUGCAUAAGAAAUACCGGUUGGCGCAUUGGAUUGGAAUCUUUCAGUUCUCCGGUGUCAGGAUAUCUGCAUUGACAAGCCUUCUUCCUUCUCCCUGCAGUACGCCCAGCAGUGGAACCAGUACUAUCAGAACCAGAACCAGAACCAGUGGCCCCCGUACUACGGCAGCUACGACUACGGGAGCUACACGGGCACCUCGCAGGGAGGCUCCAGCACUCAGUGAUGGCAGCGUGCCAUCCUCGGAGGGGGGGGGCGCGAGCAGCUUGGCUGCGCCGCUUUUGGCAAGUUUUUAAACUUGGCAGUGGGCAUUUCUGUCUCGGGAAACCCAGGAGGAAAGGAGCCUCUUCCCAUGUUUCCUCUCUGUAGUUUAGCCUUCCUCAACUUAUUGUGGGAGGAAGGGGGGCUCCAGGGGUUUGAGACUACAACUCCCAUCAGCCCCAGCCCAUCAGCUGGGGCUGAUGGGACUUGUAGUCCAAAACCCCUGGAGGGUUUCCCCCAGUUGGGGAAGACUGCUGUCGUUUCGGAAGGUGGCUGCGUUUUUACCUGUACAGCUAGAGGCAUGCUUCCUUUCCUUUGUACCAUCCCUCACGAGGAAGUUGCAUUUAUCCCUUUUCUCUCCUUGUUGAAGACAAUUCUUUUUUCUCCUUUUUAAAAAAACGAUUCUGGACAAAGAAAAAGCUAGAAUGUUCAGCCUUACAUCCUUGUAUUUUUGUAGGCCCAGAUCCACCUUAGCACACUAGCCUUUCUACAGUAGUUGGGUGGGUGGGUGGAGCUGUGCAAGGGGCCCCUCUUAGGAUUUUACCACCACCCUCUCUCUCUUCACCCCCACCUCGCACAAGUCUGCUAGUGAUCAUAAAUUCCAAGCAUUUUGGAAACUCUUCCUGCAGUUCAGUGUCACCCGUCUUUGAGGUGUUUUUAUCUUGUCUUUUUCUGCAAAUAACUAUUAAAACUGGAGGGAGAAGAGAUGGCUGUCUUAUGGUAAUUAUGAACUUUUUUUUUUAGACUUUUAUGUAACUUUUUACCGUGGGUCAGCAGCUGUUAAUAUUUUCAUCAAGGUAACAAUUCCUUUUUGCUCAAUACAGGAGAGAAGAAAACAAAAAGAGGGGGAAAUCAUCUUAAAUGUGUAACUUUUUAUACAAUGUCUCAGUUUCUGUAACUUUGCACAUGCUUUGUGUUGAGUUGAAUUGUAACAGCUUUUUGUAUUUGGAAGAAAAAAAGAGUGAAUAUUGAACUUUAAA